CUUCAUUUGACAAACCGAAUUUAUUCAGUCAAAAGGAAAAUGUUAUCGGGUUUGUGAUUAAAGUUCCCAUUAUUGCAAUAAUAUGAAAGUUUUUGGUAAAGAUAACAUGUGUACUCAUGAAGAUUAUUGAGUGACAUUAUUAAUGGCCGAUUUACCGAAUGGCUGGGUUCAGCUGGUACCUUUCUGAAGGCUUCCAAGUUAUUAUUGAGAAGUCGAAGGACGCAAAAUGCUCUCUAAAAGAUAUCCAAUUGCGUUUCUUGUGCCCUGAUGACCUAGAGGAGGUGAGAUCUCUUUGUAGAGAUUGGUUCCCCAUAGAAUAUCCACAGUCCUGGUAUGAAGACAUUACAUCAUCAGAAAGGUUUUUUGCCUUGGCGGCAGUGCACAAAAGUGAGAUUAUAGGCCUUAUUGUGGCAGAAAUAAAGCCUUAUUUGAAAUUGAAUGCGGAGGAUCGGGGAAUAUUAUCAAGAUGGUUUGCCUCAAAGGACACACUUGUUGCUUACAUACUGUCUUUAGGAGUUGCUCGGUCGUUUCGGCGCUCCGGCGUGGCGACCAUGCUACUCGAUGUCCUGAUCAACCACCUGGCGGGGCCCGUGCCGCAGCCGCCUCAUGAGCACCGCGUCAAGGCAAUAUUUCUUCACGUGCUCACAACAAACACAGAGGCUAUACUUUUUUACGAACACAGAAGAUUCCGCCUGCACUCGUUUCUGCCGUACUACUACUCGAUUAAGGGUCGAUGUAAGGACGGGUUCACGUACGUGUACUACGUGAACGGCGGGCACGCGCCGUGGGGGCUGUACGACUACGUGAAGUACGUGGCGCGCGCGGCGUGGCGCGGCGGCGGCCUGUACCCGUGGCUGUGGACCAAGCUCCGCACCGCGCUCACCAUAGCCUGGCACAGUACCUGGGCUGUCGAGACUAUUGGGGGUGGCUUCGGGCAGAGCUUUGGGCGCAGGGUGCCGUUGCAAGCACGCCAGCUCGACGCACACCGGCUGCCGCAAGUCUGACGUCGACAUCGGCAUCAACUGCUCGGCGUCGAUGAACUCCUUGUACCCCUACACCAAAGUGUACAACUACCAUCAAUUCCAAUUACAAAUAAAGUUAUUUAUUUGUUAAAAAUAAAAGUAUAAUUAUAAUUGAAAUUAUUUUAACGGUUCCAAACCGUAACUUAAUUACAGAUAAGUACAUUAAAUUAAUAACUUAAGUUUCCUAA